GUUAUACUUUGUAUCUGUGGUCACACUAGUUUGGUCGUGGGUGGCGCAUCAUCGGGAUUUGCCAAUUAAACAAGUGCAAAUAUAUAAUAAUCUCGAUCUCGCCAAUUGAUCCGAAAAAAUAGCUACUCGCGAGUGAAGUUCACAUAAUCUAACGCGUUCGAAGCCAAUCGUUAGUAUUGUGGCUGCAUUUGGUAAGCAGCGUCUUUUUGGUUCGUGUUGUGUAUUUUUGUGUGCCUUAGUGUGCGUGUGUGUGUGCCUUUUCACCAGAAAAAUGUAAAAAGAAGUUUUGCUAAAGCAGUGAGGCAUACAAAUUGCACAGUCGCUUUGUUUCAACCGAAAUUCGCGAAAAGCGAAUCGCAGAGCUGAAAAACCAAUCUGAUCUCUGUGUGCGGGGGGUAUUCUCCGCUCGCACCCUCCGUCACCAUCGUUCUCGACAAAGUGGAAGUGGAAAAACCAGCAACUACAUCAACAAAAGCGUGUGUCAGAAAUAACACAAACGCAUCUCGUUGUGUUCUUAGUUGCUAACUUGCAUUUUAAUUAUUGUAAAGCUCCAGCAGCGAGGACAACAACAAAUGUAGAUAUUUUCCGAAACGCAAACAACUACAAUCGCGACGUACGACGCCCUUUGGGGAGCAGUUGUGUUGGUGUGCUGCUGCUGUUGUUGUAUUGGUGCUGCCACCCUGUUCGACUUUUUGUGAUAUUUUCGUUUUAUCAUAUGAAGUUCUUUAUUGUUUACGCCGCAAACAAUAAAAAAGGUGUAUUUUUGAAAUGAUUUUUGCUGGUGUCUCCGCCGCCUAAACAGCUGCCUGCAAGCUCAACGUUGACGCCCACCGAACGACCACUUUCUGGGAUUGUGAGAGGCUUUUUGAUUCAAAGCUGGGUGUGUGGAAUACCACCGGACUUUAACCACUAUCGACUGCACCGCGGAAAAGUGUCCACGAUGAAAACGCCAGAGUAACCAGCCCAAGUGAUAUUACCGAUAAACUAAAUAGCAAUAAAGCGUCCAGAACCUAAAAAUUGAUUACCUGGUCAAAUUUAAGCGGUGGUGCAACCGCUGCGAACUUUCUAUCCACUUUGCGGUAGUACGACGAGAGAUCCCAGAUUGUUGGCCAGAAAUUAAUGACACUUCUCGGGCCUAGCGCCCCUGGCAUGGCCUUUAUGAUGAAAAAGAAGAAGUACAAGUUCAACGUUGAAGUGCAGUUGCAGGAUUUAGUCGAAGUGGCCCUGGUCAAUGAGGUGUUGUUCGCCAAGAUACGGCUGCUUGAUGGAGGUUCUUUUCAGGAGUACAGCAGUCGCGAGGAAGUACGCAAUCAUCGAGUGGAAUGGAACCGCAGCUUUGAGUUUCCCUGCAAGAUGAGCGCGAAUGCCUCGACUGGCGUUCUAGAUCCCUGCCACCUGCGUAUUUCGAUACGGAAGGAAAUGAAGGGGGGUCGAAGUUACUACAAGCUCGGUUUCAUCGAUCUCAAUCUUGCCGAAUUCGCCGGCGCAGGCCUGACCUCCCGUCGAUUCCUUCUUGAGGGCUAUGACUCGAGGCAUCGCCUGGACAACUCUAUGCUUCGAGUUAGCAUUAAGAUGCAUAUGCUGAGUGGUGACAUUCUGUUCAAGGCACCAACGCCAAACCUGAAGAGCAAACAGAGUAAGCCUUCGAUGGAUGAUCUGACUAACGCGGCUACCGGUGUAGGCUUGCAAACUCCGACGGCAACAGCUCUGCCCAGCAUAGGGAGCGGAAGCGGUGGAUCGGCCAUACCUUUAGGAGGUAGCGGGGCCACUUUGGGCGGCGUUCCCAGCAAUCAGUCGCUGCCCGGAACCCGGCCAGUUUCUACAACUAAGGAGGAGGUAAUACUUGCAGAUAUCGAUAGCCAGGCUUUGAUAGCGGCCAUUGUUACGGACUCCGGCUUGUCCGAGUCAUCGGAAUCGGGGUUAACAUUGACCACGGAUAAUCUUCAGCAACAUGCCGCAGCCGCCGCGGCUAAUGCUAUUACUCCAGUGACCCAACCGGCCCCCGUACUGGGAAUCAUCGGUAGCAACAACUACGGAACCACAGGAGCGGGAGUUGGAUUUUCUGCAGGCGGCAAUGCAAACCUCAUGGAAAUGGGUCAUUCGAGAAAUUCCAGUAAUACUAGUCAAAUGUCAAAAGGUUCGGGUUAUAGCAGUUUUUCGCACAGUCAGCACUCAAGGCAAAGUUCCGAGGGUGAUUCGGGCCAUGCUAGUCGCUUUAGAAAAUCCGUUUCUCUACUUAAUAGACUCAAUCAGAGAGCAAUUAACGCCAUGAAAUUGAAUAUACCACACGGUCGACAUCACGGGCAAAAGGGUCAAGAUCAACAGCUACCUCACAGUGUGCCAGGGGUUCCCAAACACCACCAUAUUCACACCAAACUUAGUCUCAGCACCACUGUUGAAUUUGUGAGCGAGGAACAGCUCUACCAGACUCCAAACGCCACCAUGACCACCUCAGACACGUUGGCCUUCGAGGACUUCCGCACCCCAAUGGCAGAACUUGCUGCUCCUCUGUUUCAGCCACAGGUAGCAACAGGAGUUGCUACUCCUAGUUCCACGUACCGCAGUGCAGGAUCUCCGUCUCAUGCCACGCAAUAUUACGACAGUGGCGAAGCGAGCGACACAGAUGAGUAUCUGAACGAAGACUCGGGCGACAAUGACUCUGGCCUGGAGGAAAACUUCCAUACGCCCCGAGUGGCCAAGAUCAAGUCGAUGGAGAAUCUCUCCAUUCUGGAAAUGGAAUUUCAUAAGGCCUCUAUGGAGCUGGACCGCAACUCACCGCGCCGCCUAAAACAACUGGCUGAGCAUGCACAGAUACCCAAGAUGAAGUCGCUGAGCAAUCUUUGUUUCGACGAGUAUGCGGAGAAAUCUGUUCGCGAAGAGUUUCAGCGCAUGCACGAACAGUCGCUGGAGGAGCGGAUGCGCUUCCAGCAGCACCACCAGUUACGAAAGAACUCGACAGCUUCGAACGGGUCAGCAGCGAAGCUGUACGUUAAGCAUCUGAGCCACCAGACCCAUCAUCACAUCAAAGUCGGCAACGCCAAGUUUAUUGGACAGGACGGUGCCGAGAGUCCGCAGUCGCUCCACUACCCCAUUCAGAAGAUGCGAUCAAUGGGCACAAUACCAGACAUUGUGAGCGAACGCAUCGAGCCGGACCCGUUCCUUACUCCAACUACCGAGCGAAAACCGAAUUUCCCGCGUCUCGUCCAAUCUGCGGAGAAGCCAUUGCUGGGCAGCAGCUACGUCAAUCGCCUGCUUACUUACGACGUGGUGGACUCGCCGGCGGAACCUUUUGCCAGCUCGGUGUCUUUCAUGUCGCGUACACCCUUUCAGCGACCUUAUCGACGCAAUAUGCAGCCCGGUACCUCUUCGACGCCCCUUACUUCACAGGACUCUUUCGCCGUGCGGCCGCAUUCCACGAAUGCUGCCUACGAGCUAAUGAGAAGCUUCAGUGGAGUUCCUAGACGUCUCUUUGAUGGAAAUGGCAGCACCAUAGGGCAGAACAGCGGCAACAUAGGUGCAGCCAGCAGCAGCACCAGCAGGCAGCAGCAAGCGGGUGCCGCAGCUUCUAGUUGUUUCGUUGUUGGAUCCAAUUCUUCGCCUUGCGGAACUCUGGCCAGUAUACACUCAAACCACUCGGCCUCCUCCUCGAACGGCAGCAACAGCAGCAGCAGCGGAGCAGUCAUUACUUUCCACUGCAACGCAGGAAGUGGCCAGGAUACAGUAGACACACCCACCCAGCUAUUGCAACACCAGCAGAUGACAGUGGGAUCGCCAAAUGGCCAUGGCAGCAGUCCCCGGUUAGGCAAUGUCAUGUCCGGGGAUGGUCUUAGCUCAAUGGCCGCCAGUCCCACGGACGCUUGUAGCAUUCGCUCCAAUCCAUCGGCCGCCUCGCUGCUUCUCUCCACGUCCGCAGCGGCCGCAGAGGCCUCCGCCAUGGCCUCGGCCACUACCAUGUCCGUUUCCGGAGCAACACUUUCGCCGCUGGCCACUACCCAAAUCAUUCGCCGCCCUAGCAUCACAAUGAUGAAUCCCAGUUCCGGUUCGUUAGUUAUAAGUGAAACAGGAUCUCUAGAUCGGACGAAAAGCAGCGGUGAGAAGCGCAAAAAGGGCGCCCUUGAUGACGGCCCACGCGUUUCUGACAGAGUGGAGGAGACACGGGUCAAUCCAGACUCGUUGAUUGAUGAGAUUUUGAAGGGCACUAAGCUGGAUCAGCUUGAGGAAUCAGCAGAAACCUCUGGCCUUCAGCUGUACAUCGCUCGUGACGGAACUGCCUCCCUAGGCGGGCACGAAGUUAAGUCAAGCGUCCGGGCGGGUGCCCUAAAGCAAGUAGUCAUGCAGGAUAGGAGAUAGUACUGUCCGGAGUUGAGCGCUGUUUUUUAAAUGAACACGAAGACUUACUGAUCGAGUAAAAAAACAGAGAGAGUAUCGAACUAAUCGAAAUAGUUUAGGUAAUGCAAACAUGUUAACUUGCAAACUAAAGUGAGAAUACAAAAACGCUAUAUACGAGUAUAUAAAUGUAUGUCAAGUCUAAACUACACUACUUUGAAUGUACGUAUAAUGCUUAUAAACAUAUAUGUAUGAUAUAGAUAUAGUAACAAACAACUGUCGGUCGAUAUUUCUGCCAACUCGUUCUCUAUUAACACGUCUAGGUGUUUUGGCAAGAGUUGUGGGUUGUGUAAGCACCCGCUAAGGAUUAGGAAAACCAAAAAUAAACUUCGUAAAACUGCA